AAUAUUAUUUAGCUCUAUUCAAUUACUUUGAUUGCAAAACAGUGAUAAGAGCGAGUGAGGUAGCCCACGAAAUGGUUAUCAGUUGCGCUUGAACUCUUUUCUCUACGGUGAUUUAAUUGAAAAAAGUGCUCGCCUAAGUCUAGAGCAAGGGUUUAGGAAAAUGGGUCUCUGCUGUAGAUCUUCCGACUCGAUAGUUCACCACACUGUGGACGACGAGCUGCAUCCGUCGGAAAGUCAACCCCUAAAGUUCGAUCCCGACUUCAAGGGACCACUGUCGAAGCGAUCAUGCACGGACAUUCCGUGCCUGUUUCUGUUUGUCGCGUUCCUAGCUGGCUGGGGCUUCGUGGCCUACUACGCUCUGCACCAUGGCGACUUGGAUCGGCUGCUCGUGCCGACGGACUCCAAGGGGCUGAAGUGUGGCGUUGACAGCGAAGUUCAGGACAAACCGUACCUGUUCUUCUUUGACAUUAGCGAGUGUGCCAAGUACGACGUUCCGUUGUACGGAUGCAAGACUCCGCAGGUUUGCGUGAGCAAAUGUCCGAGUGUGCAGUUCGGCUUUGAGCUGAACGCUUGUAACGCUGGAAAGCUGGACGAGUUCCGGAAGAACCUAAUCUGCGAUCAGACUGUGCCGAAUGAUAAGGGUUCGUUGAGCUGUUCGGAGAUUCAGGAGCACAUCGAUCGAGGUCACUGCGCCAGGUAUUACCUCAAGAGUGUCCCAUUUGCGAAGCGGUGUAUUUCCGACCUUCCGGACACCGAGUGUCCGUACAUUCCACCCAAGGUUCGCCAGCAGUACCAACUGCCCGUUGCUCCUCCGCAGCAGGAUUCCGGCAUUCGGAACGGUAAACAGAUGUCCGCCGAGAUGAAAGACUGCUCCAACAACCGCCGGCUGGGCCGGCAACUGCUUGAGGAGCGGAUGACCCGGCUACAGUCCUACUUUGCGCGGUACGUGGACAACCUGCUGUCCCACGUGACCAACGAUACCAGAGUCCACCAGACCGGCCAGAUGGUCGUCGAGGACAUCCUGGAGACGUGGCGCCUGGUGAUCGUCAUCCUGGUCCUCUCGCUGAUCGCCAGCCUGCUGUUCAUCACGAUGCUGCGCUGGGUCGCCAAGCCGAUGGUCUGGAUCUCGAUCCUCGGCGUGAUCGCGGCGCUCAGCUACGGCGUGUACUACAGCUACACCAGGUACGACUACAUCAGCAAGCACCCGGUCGAGAACCACGUGAACGUUUCGCCCAACCUGAGCUCGCUCGUCGAGUCCUGGUUCAAGUCGGAAAAGGUGUGGCUCUGGAUCCUGGUGAUCCUGUCGAUCGUGCUCGUCGUCCUGCUGCUGGUGGUGCUAGUUUUGCGCAAACGUAUCGUGAUCGCAAUCGCGCUCGUCAAAGAGGGAAGCAAAGCCGUCAGCGCCAUCUUCUCAACGGUCUUCUUCCCGAUCAUCCCGUGGUUGCUGCACAUUGCCGUAAUUGUGUUCUCGAUCGUGGUCGGACUCUAUCUGGCGUCGAUCGGUGAGCCCGUCUACCGGGUGUACGGAUUGAACGCGACGCAGUCCUGUGUGUGCGAUAACGCGUACCGGGAUGGGGACAUUUGCGAUCCGACCACGUUCAAUGCGCACUGUCAGAACAGGAUGAUCCGCGGGGGGAUCUGUACGGAUGCGGCGUGCCACUUUCAGGAGAUUGAUAGUCCCAAGGAAGUGGGGUAUUUUCAUGCCGUCAACGUGGUCGGUUUCUUCUGGGGCAUCUGCUUCGUGUCCGCGUUCGGCGACAUGGUCCUGGCGUUCACCUUCGCCACCUGGUACUGGACGUUCCGCAAGAAGGAGCUGCGCUUCUUCGUGCUGACCACCGGGUUUUUGCGCACCGUCCGCUACCACCUGGGCACGCUGGCCUUUGGCUCGCUCAUCAUCGCCAUCUGCAAGAUCAUCCGGGCGGCGCUGGAGUACAUCGACCACAAGCUGCGCAAGUACGAUAACGGGGUGGUGAAGGCGGUGCUGUGUCUGUGCAAGUGCUGCUUCUGGUGCUUGGAGAGCUUUUUGAAGUUCCUGAACACGAACGCGUACAUUAUGUGUGCGAUUCAUGGGAAGAACUUUUGCUCCAGCGCCAAGGACGCGUUCAGCCUGCUGGCCAGGAAUAUUCUGAGGGUGAUUGCGGUGGACAAGGUGACCGGGUUUUUGUUCUUCCUGUCGAAGCUGAUGCUGGCUUGCGGGAUGGCGGCGGUUACGUACACGUUCUUUGAUAGUGGCGCCGCGACUAAGCAGCUGCACUAUGCGUUCAUUCCGGCCAUUUUGGUGUUUGUCGGGACGUACAUCAUUGCGGCGGUGUUCUUUAGCGUGUACUCGGUGGCGGUGGACACGUUGUUCCUGUGCUUCUUGGAAGACUGCGAACGCAACGACGGCACCCAGGAGAAGCCCUACUACAUGUCCAAGAGCCUGAUGAAGAUUCUGGGCAAGAAGCAAAAGUUCAACACCUCUCGUUAGUAUACUAAGAACCCAAAACCAAAAUCAGCGAAACGGCCAAAGCAUCUCACAGCAAACAUUACACUUAAACCCCACACACACAAAACACAGAAACAAACAAACCCCACGCGAGAGCAGCAAUACUGGUGCAAUCACACACACAGAGUCAAGAGUGUUGAAGAGCUUUCUUUU